CUUGCAUUCGCCGGGAAGAGGAGGAAGCCCGGAUCUCUCCCAUGUCUCUCGGGUCCGAUCCGCUCGCCGUUGCCGGCGAUCGGAUUCUACUCGGGGGUCCCGGAGAGAGAGCGGCGAUCGUCUGAGGUAUAGUAGCGGCGGCGGAGGAGACUGGUGGGGCUGGGGGUGGGAAGGGGCGUCGUUCAUCGUCGGAUAAACUCAUGGACGGCCAUGGCGCCGGCGGGUCGUCGCGAAGGAGCGUAUCCGGGAGGAAGAAGGCACCGGAUAACGGCAGCGGUGAUGUCGUCGGGCGGACUUCUAUAACUCGCUCCCCGAUUCUGAUUGGAGACAGAAAUUUAAGGGGAAUACGAUUGUCAAAGUCCUUAACACUAGCUGAAAAUUCUACUGUGCAUGAAGCCUGCCGUAGGAUGGCUGUACAAAGGGUUGAUGCUGUAUUGUUAACAGAUUCAAAUGCAUUGCUUUGUGGAAUCCUAACAGACAAGGAUAUAACCACAAGAGUUGUUGCUCGAGAACUAAAGCUUCAAGAAACUCAAGUUUCAAAAGUGAUGACUCGAAAUCCAUUUUUUGUGCUUUCGGACACAUUGGCGGUUGAAGCUUUGCAGAAAAUGGUGCAAGGAAAGUUUAGACAUUUGCCCAUUGUUGAAAAUGGUGAAGUCAUUGGCUUACUUGACAUAGCAAAAUGUCUAUAUGAUGCAAUAGCACGCAUGGAAAGGGAAGCUGAAAAGGGAAAGGCCAUUGCAGCUGCUGUUCAAAGGAUGGAAAAGCAUUGGGGCUCAUCUUUUUCUGGUCCUGCGACAUUUAUUGAAACUCUUCAAGAGUGGAUUUUUAGGCCACGUUUAUCAACCAUCAUUCAAGAGAACUCGAAGUUUGUUACGGUCUCACCAACUGAUUCAGUGUUAACUGCAACAAAGAAAAUGCUUGAGCUGAAAAUAAGUUCAGCAGUCGUAACAAUUGAAAAUAAACUUCAGGGGAUUUUGACUUCAAGAGACAUUUUAAUGCGAGUAAUUGCCAAGAAUGUUUCUCCAGAAUUGACUCCUGUGAAAAAGGUCAUGACUCCAAAUCCUGAGUGUGGGACAAUUGAUACACCAAUUGCUGAUGCUCUCCAUACAAUGCACGACAGGAAAUUUUUGCAUCUACCUGUUGUAGAUAGAGAUGGGGACGUUGUUGCAGUUGUUGAUGUUAUUCAUAUUGCUCAUGCUGCAAUAGCUGCUGUGGGAAGCAGGACAGGUGGUGGAAUUGAAACAGCAAGUUCCAUGAUGCAGAACUUUUUGGAUUCUGCAUUGUCCCUACAACCUUUGUAUCAUGAUGAUGAUUGUCAAAGUGAAGGAUCUACACAAGUUACCGCAGAUACAGAAAGAUCAUCAGCCUUUUAUCCACCUUCAGACUUAUCAGCUAGUUUUGGCUUUAAGCUCGAGGAUAAACAGCAGAGAAUGCAUAGAUUUAAUUGUGAAACACACAGCUUGGCAGAUCUUAUAACUUGUAUACUCCAGGGCGUGGGUGAUGAUAUCGAUAGAAAUCAUCUUCCACAGAUAUUGUACGAAGACGAGGACCAUGACAAGGUUAUCCUUGCAUCAGACAGUGACCUUGUAGCGGCAGUGGACCAUGCUAGACAAUCUGGUUGGAAGAGUUUAAGGUUGCAUUUGGAUUUCUCGGGUUUGGGUCACAAGAAGAAGGGUCAUGGAUCAGGAGAUCUUGAGUGUGCAGAUACGGAUGCAUGGGCCACUGCAUACAGGUCUGUUGCAGCAGGUGCAGCGCUAAUUGCUGGUAUCGGAGUAAUGGCUUACUUGAAAAGAUCAGCAUCAUAAAUACAUCAGGAUCAACUCCAAAUACUCAUAACUACAGAAAUUUUUCAAUGAGAACUCCGAGGAGUUGCUUGAGAGUGUAUAAAUAUCUUAUAUGAUAUACUCUGUAUCUGUUUCCUUAAUAUGCAGAAUAAAAAGGUCUUUGGCAAUU